AUGUCGCAGACGACCUUAGAGAAACGCACUGUCAUCACCUCCUCCAGCGCCUCCAACGUGGUAGGAGGGAGCAGUGGCACUGUAGCCCUCAACGACGGAGGAGACGACGACUUUCACUACAAUAGUCUUGCGGGUAUCGUGGGCAGCGGUGGCGGCGGCAGUGGCAGCUACAGGAGGACUGUAGAGAUCACGUCAGGCAUGAUGCCCUCUGGGUUCGGGACGGUGUCCCACACCGGGGUCACCAACGUGAAGCACUCCAGGGAACAGGAGAAGAAAGACAUGAGGCAGCUCAACGAACGCUUUGCCAACUACAUCGAGAAGGUUCGCUUCCUGGAAGCACAGAACCGCAAGUUGAUUACAGAGUUGGAUCAGCUGAAGAGCAACUGGGGCAAGGAGACGACUGCCAUCAAGAAGAUGUACGAGACAGAACUGGCCGAGGCCCGAGGCGUCAUCGAGGAGACUAACAAGGAGAAGAACAAACUGGCCGUCAAGGCUCAGAACAUGCAUGACCAAUACAACGACGCCAUGAAACAAACACAUUUUGAAAAUGCCUUGACGUCAAAGGUCAAGGUAAUUUAA